ACGGCGGAAGACGCGCAGCGAAGGCCGCCAUCUUGGAUUGGACGCGUACCUCAGCUAGGGAUAUUCCUUAGAUUCGCCUGUAAACCCGGAGGGAAACGUUGCUGGAAAAGCCAAGCCGAGAGCCACAAUGGCCACAGCUCCCUACAACUAUUCCUACAUUUUCAAGUAUAUCAUAAUCGGUGAUAUGGGUGUAGGAAAGUCGUGUUUGCUUCAUCAGUUUACAGAAAAGAAAUUUAUGGCCGACUGUCCCCACACUAUUGGUGUAGAGUUUGGUACGAGAAUAAUUGAGGUGAGCGGUCAAAAGAUCAAGUUACAGAUUUGGGACACAGCGGGACAGGAGCGCUUCCGGGCUGUCACACGCAGCUACUACAGAGGGGCGGCUGGAGCCCUCAUGGUCUAUGACAUCACCCGGAGAAGCACGUACAACCACCUCAGCAGCUGGCUGACAGAUGCCAGGAACCUCACUAAUCCCAACACUGUGAUCAUUCUCAUAGGUAACAAGGCCGAUCUGGAGGCCCAGCGGGAUGUGACAUAUGAAGAGGCCAAGCAGUUUGCAGAAGAAAACGGCCUGUUAUUUCUUGAAGCCAGCGCAAAAACAGGUGAGAACGUGGAGGACGCAUUUCUGGAAGCAGCAAAGAAGAUUUACCAAAACAUUCAGGAUGGCAGCCUUGACCUCAACGCAGCUGAGUCAGGAGUGCAGCAUAAGCCUUCGGCCCCCCAGGGAGGCCGGCUAACCAGCGAACCACAACCCCAGAGGGAAGGAUGCAGCUGCUAAUGAUCGCCAUUACCUCCCUGCACUCGCUUGACCUCCCCCCCCCCCAACUGCCCCCCAUCUCCCUCUGCCCAGGAGCCCUGCCUCACCUCAUCCGUGCAAGCGUGGGGGCCUGGAGCGCCAAAUGAGGCUUGGGCAGUGGCUGUCAGCUCCCCCCGUUUCCAAUUCUCCCCCCCCCCCUCCUUCCAGUAAGCUCCUUAACCCCCAGUCACUGAUUCUGAUUCCCCAUUUGUCUGUCCUCUCCAUCCUGCACAAAGGUCACUGCCCUUGCAACAUGUGACACAGGUGCUUUCCACAGGGUACAGAUAAGUCAACAUAAGAAAAAAGCAGACAUGGACAAAAGUAGAGCCUUUUAAAAAUGUCUAAAUAUAAAUAGUAACGCCACAAGGAUGCAAAAAUGGCUCUUUGUACGAAUUCCUGUGCAGGUUAACUGUUUCAUCAUUCCCAAUUAAAUUAAGUAAGAUUCCAUCUGGCCUAUUUUUUUUUAAGUUUUUUUUGCCUGUUUGCUAAAGGGUAAGGAAGAAGGUUAUGUUUGAUGACUAGGUACAGCUUGGUUCCUCAUUCAGUAUGAAGAAUGAUUCAUCUUUAAUGUUGAAUGAUGUGUGCAUGAUUUCAUGAAACUUGACUCAUGGGUCCAUUCCAGACAUUCAGUGAGGAAGUUGCUGAAUUUGUACUUUACAUUCCAGAAAAGAUUAAAAAUAUUACUGUUUUUCAACAAAAUUAACCAGGGACUGUUAAAUGUGUAUAAAUUGUGUUGUUUUUCUUGAAUGCCAGAUAAAUAUCAUUUUAAGAUGAAAAGUGAAAGUGAGUUGAAAGCAGCUUUAUCAGCCUUUAGUUGUACUGAUCUCCCCUAUAGCCCACUGUACUCUGACCAUCUGUAUAGUGAAAAUGUGAGUAUCCUCUUCAUGCAGUACUUCAUAUCAAUUUGUUUUUAUCUGAGAUGUGUUUUGUUUGCUUUUUUUUAUUAUUUUUGCUGUUCUACGCAAGGAUAUUGAACACAUUUCUUUGAACUAAAUUACUUUUACAUUAAUAUUUAUUGAUACCCUGAUUUUUUUUGAAAAUGUAAGAGAUCCUAGCAUAAGUCCUAAGCAGCCAGCCUGAAAAGGAACAUUUUUGGAGAUGUUUGCAGUUCAUUCACAGGAAGUGUAACUGGAGGCUUUUAUGUUUGAUCUGUCCGCAAUUUAGAGAAGGGGGGGGGUAUUUUCAUAAAUCACUGAUUAAAAUAACUGUUAGGAUCAUCUCUUUCCUGUAUGUUGAUGUUGACUCCAUGGCAACACAUAUUGGCUAGAUUUGUACUGGGUGCUUUGUGCUGGGGGGGGGGUUUUUAAGUGAAAAGGGGUCUGAAUAGACUUGUUAAAGACCAUUGCUAUUAGUUUUAAUUAUGAUCUGCUGUAAUUCUGCCUGUACAGUAACAGGUGAAUGGAAAGCCCUUUGUGUUACACAUCAGGCGAUGUUCCUGGCCACUUCAGUUGCUUGCUGUCCCAUCAUCAUUUUGAGGGGUAAUAGUGUAGAGGAGGACAGAGAAGCAGUGGAGCUUCAGGUCGUCCGUUUUUCAUAUCCAUUAUCAAUGUCAUGGGUUACAACUUGACCAUUUAUGUUCGUAAUUAAAAGCAAAAGGUAAAUAAAUAUAAAAUAAUAGAACCUGGCUAAUCAGUUUAAGUUGGAAAUGGUUUUAAUGAUUGCUCUUGAUUUUAAAUCGUAAUAAAAAGAUUUAGAUUAUGAAAUCAGUAAUAUCACAUUCUCAUUGUGGCUUCCUUUCAAUGUCAUGUUGCCUUCUUGAAUUUAAGUGAAAUUUGCUGCAUUUAAGAAUGGAAAGAAAUGUGAAACAGUUUUACGGGUGUUCCAAGAAUGAAAACGUUUUCAUUAGUGUUACUUCUGCUUCCCACAGUUAUAGAAAUUAACACUUUAUCACUUUCCUGUAAGAAUAAGCCAACUACGUCCAUCUGUAAGUGCAUUAGAAAAGCAAAGUCGUAAAGCAGGCAGUGUUUCCACUCUAAGCAUAGCAGCCUUCUGACAUUAAUUCUUCAUUGGUUACAGCAUUUGUUAUGAAACCAGUAAAUCAUUCAGUUAUGCAUCCGAGUAUAAUUGCAGGGGCAUUUCAGGGCUACAGUUAGGCUAAUGGUAAUUUUAUCAAUAAACAUAAUAUGCAGCUGUAGCACUGGAGUCGAUACAUGUGAUGUAAUCAGUGGCCUGGAGUGUGUGUUGCCAUUUGUUCACUUGUUUUACUUGUUUGAUUAGCUGUUGCCAGAAUGAAAAUGCACAAUUUAACCAAAUAUAUUAGACAAAGUCCUGUUCCUCAGUUUUGUUAAACUAAAAUGCUGUUAGACAAAUACAUUCAAGUGUGUGUGUGUGUGGGGGGGGGGGGGUGGAUGAGAAUGCCAGUUGCAUUUGUGCUAGUAAAAUAUUUUUAUUGAAAUUUACAAAACCAAAAGUAUUUGCAUUGAAUGUAACAUACAUUGAAAAUUUUUAAAAUCAUUCAAAGGUUAAACAAACAAUUAACUAUUGCAUUGCCACCUCUACUCACCUUUUCAAUAUGAUUUGAGCAGUAAAGCAAAAUCCUCCAAGAAGCUGAAUUAAAAGUUCAGUUAAACUCCACAUAUGCUCCAUCCUGCAAGGCACUUAGUGAGAGACUGCAGUGAGAGAAUAAUUACGCCCCCAGGGCAUGCUGAGUGCACGCGUUCCUCUGAUAAGCCCUGUGCAUGUCGCCUAUGCUUUAGAUUAUAUCUCCGGCUUCUGUAACAGGGAGGAACCUUGACACAACUAAGGGUAUAACUGGAAUCAAUGAGUUUGCUGUGAUCCUGUAUCCCAUCUUCUCUAUAAGUCUAUAGAAUUGUGCUUUUCAAGUAGAUUUUGUGUACUCUCAGUAUCAUGUAAAAUCAUUGCUCUUGUUUCAGGAGAUCAUUAAAUCUCAUGUCAUUCCAUACAUGAAUGACAAGCUUGCAUCCUGGAACCACCUUCUGCUAAUACAUGUAUAAGCUCUGGCCAAACCAAACAGUUAAAACUUUUGCUUGGUUGAUCUUUCUUCUGCCUUUUUAGUCUUCAUAUUGUUCUUUUCGUGUAUAACCACCUAACUACAUGCACAUGGGUCUUAUUAUUUAUAUAUGUGAAUAUUUUUCUGUACUUUUCGGUUUAUGGGCCACAAUGCUAUUGAUCUAAAUAUUUGUAAAUAAAGUACAUAUCUAGAGAA